CCGGAUAUCUACCUUCGACCUCUUGCAUUGGAGGUCCACGAGCGAACUCGCAUCCCCUUUGGCAUUGCCGGGUUUCGCGGUUUCUUUGUCAGAGCAGCAUGGUGGCCGGCCGGCGAUCUUCAUCCCUGCCUUCGACCUCAUCCUUUCAGGCGGCGUCAGACCGUCCCUCCCUUGCUUCCUUGGGAAGUUUGCUCUUUGUUAUGGUCAUUCCUUUCGUUUUCAAUCAUUUUCGCCACUCUUAUUUCGAGACCUGCCCGCCUGUCUGUCAUGGAGACAUAGAUCCCCCGAAAUACAGACCGACAUGGGGGUUAACAUCGGCCGCGAUGUCUCGAGGCCGGGCCGAAGUCCAUCCAUAUCCGCUGCCCCGCGCAUGGCCUCUUCGUCUGGCUCGCCUGUCAGCCUCCAGCGGAGGCCUGUCGGAGCCGCCACCACCGCCGGGCCUUGGGCGCCUUCGAACCCGACCUCUCUUCAUGCUUCGGCCAAUGCUACGAGCCCUCGAUACCGACAUAACUUGAUCUCUCCCGUGUCGUUACCCUCACCUCUAUCUCAAUCGGACACCAGCUCCGCGUCCAAGGCCCGCGCGGCAGUUUCGCCUCAGUCUGCUUCCACGGUCAGAGGCGAGUCAAGGGGCGGACAUUUCUCCAGCUCGAAAACUCCGACCUCCCCUCUCUCGGGUGCUGCGCCGGGUCAGCCUUCACCACCUUACCCCUCCAUGCAACGACCAAGACUGGCUCUCAUCCAGGUAAAUGGCUUCGGCAGCACUGGCGCAGCCUAUGGUUCCACACUCGGAGGCCCCAUGGCAUCGAGCCGGCACCCGAACCCGGCCAUGCCUCACGGAGCUAUCAUGUAUCCUCAAUCGCACAUGUAUCCUAGCUCGCAUUCCUUUGGCCCAGCCCACGUCCACGGUGGCCAACAGACAGGUCUCCUUGACGGACAGCAAUGGCCGCAGAACAACAAUGACCGCCCACUCCCCCCUCUGCCUCCUGCCCAGCAAGGCCAUGGACCGUUUCGCAGAUCGUAUCCGAUCUGGAUGGACUACUGGCGACCCUCCUACAACAUGUACUUCUUCCUCCUCGCCGGCGUCGCCUUCGCCAUGGGCCACCACGUCUUCUACGCCUCGCUCCACGGCGACCUGGCCAGCGACCAACUCCGCAUGCUCCGCUACGGUGCCGCCCUGUCCUUCAUCUCCAAGGCCUGCCUGGCCACCUCGGUGAUUCUGGCCUUCCGUCAGCGCGUCUGGCUGACCGUCCGCCGCAAAGUGAUGUCCCUGGGUGCCGUCGACUCGCUCUUCGCCGCGGUCGAUGACCUGUCCGCCAUCGUCAACCCGGAACUGUUCCGCCAUGCCCGUGUCGCCAUCCUCCUCGCCAUCUACGUCUGGUGCACCCCGCUCGUCGUCAUCUUCACCUCCGAGACCCUCGCUGUCCGGCUUUUGCUCGUCGAGGAGGAGGCCGAGUGCCUGGCCGUCCGGACCCUCAACUUUGCCGCCGAGGAGACGAGGGACUGGCGCGACGCCUACCGCAUCGACGGCCUCUUUCCGUUGUCGGUCAGCCUCUGGAAUACGACGCAGGGAGCGGUGGAUGAGGAUGGGGAGACCAUCGAGGAAUGGUUCGACUAUUUCACCGCCAGUAGUUGGCAAUUCGAGCAGAUUGCUACCAUGGCUGCCUUCUCGACCGAGCCCGUUGCCCGUGUUGGUGCUGCCGAGGAGAUUUGCGGAGUCGGUUGGAAUUGCACCUUCGCCGUCAACUUUACCGGCCCGGGGUAUCGAUGCACCGAGCUCGCCUCGGGGGUUGGGUCAACGCCGCAGCCCCUCGGUAACGCGACCUUGCCGUUUGACUUUGACCUGCUGGCCCCGACCGGUAACUUCACGUACAUUGUCCGCGCCUUUGAUGGCCACUACUCUUCCACCCAGAUGCAGGAAGUAUGGCCCGGCGGGAUCCCGAGCGAGCCGGGCCCGAUUCCCAAACAUCUCGGCGCACUUCGGACCGAGCCGAUUAUGUGGAUAGGCUACGCGCAGGUAGACGACCCGACGAAACCGCAACCGGAAUUCCGCGACCACCCGGAUUGGGACACGGCCUUCACCCCGAAGCUCCUGGGAUGCGAGCACUACGAGACGAAAUACGAGGUGCUAUUCGACUACUGCGGUCUCCAACAGACCACCAAGGUGACGCGGCGCGAGUUCGUCCGUCCGGUGGUCAACACGACCUUCAUCCCCGGCGUCGACGCCGACGAUGGAACCGCCGACAACACGACAGCCGUGCCGGAGGAGAAUUACAUCCUGCCGACCGGCGACGUCCACCGCUACCGCCGCGCCAUGGCCUACCACUCCAUCGGGACGCAGCUGCGCAGCUUUGUCAACGGGACCAUCGAAGAGCCGCACAAGAAGGCCAACACGCGCGCCAUCCAGACCCGCCUCAUCGAACCGCGCAACUGGCUCCCCGUUCCCGACCUCCCGCAGGCCAUGCAGUCGCUGUACGAGGAUAUCCUCCUCUCCAUGCUCUCGAAUCCGCAGAUGCUGGCUGUCACCUGGGCGGCGAACCCGGACGGCGGGCCCAGCGGCGUGGGGACAGGCGGUGACGAGACGAAGUUCCCUUGUUCCCGCUCGCGGAGCGAUACGCGGUACCAGUAUGUGGCGUGGGAGCUGUGGGCCGUGUAUGCGGCGGCGAUUGCGCUGGCGGUUCUGGCGGUCGGGUUUGGUACGGCGGCCAUGUGGGAGGAAGGGCUGUGGCGGACUACGAGGUUUAGUAGCAUCGUUGCUGCUACGCGGGGCCCUUGGUUGGAGAAGGUGCCGUGGACGCGGGGCGGGUUUGUGGAGGCGGAGGCUAAGAAGAUGAAGGUUGGGUAUGGGGUUGUGCCGGCGGCGGACGGUGACACAGGGCAGGGGCAGGGGCAGGGAGAGGAGUUCGUGGAUGAGGCGGCGGAGAGGGGGGAUGGGUUGGGGAAAGGGAGGCCCCGUGCUGGGGUCCAGCGACAGCAGUCUUCGAUAGCGAGUCCUAGUGGCGAGAGGUAUGCUUUUGGACUUGAGGGGGAUGUCAAGUUGGAGAAGAAGGGAGGAGGAGAUGGGCAGGCCGGGAACGGGAGGAGGACGCCUCAGAGCCCGUUCGGGAAGGGUAGACGGUAGACUUUCAGGGACGUGAGGCGGGGGCAAGCAGGAUGUCGAAUAGGUCAAGGCCAUAUAAUAUGUCCUGUUCUAUCCGUUAACCCCGAAGAAAUACGUCCUAUGUACGACUCUAUUCCGGCCUCUGAGCCCAAAUAAUGAAGUGUCGCACCGCAGUCCGGUAUUUCUCCAUGUCUGAUUCGAACCGGUCGAGCAUCGUUUCUUUAUCCAUCUAUGAAAUUCCCAAAUCUUUUGCGCUGUGUAUGAGAACACGUUAGACAGCCGAUGAGCAUACAUCCGGG